AUGGCAGCCGAGCCGGCCCCGCUCAGUGGCCGGCCCGAGUGGCAACAGAAGCUGCUGCAGAAGAGGAGCGUCUCUGUGCGGCCGGCCGCCGGCAGCGCUGCUGGAACGCCGCCGCAUCGUCCGCUCUCCGUUCCGCCAGAGCGGCGCACGAGCGGCGGCUCUGGCUCGGGCGGGACGGCUCCGAGCCGGCGCCGCGCCGGUGCGCCGCCGGAUUGGAGCGCGGCGCGUGGCGGCCCGGCCGGCGGCAGCAGUUGGUCGCGAGACGCCGGCCGCGCGGGGUCGGUGCCGGCGCCAGUCACGGAGCACGGUGGGCCGGCGGGCGCAGCGCCGACGCACGGCAGUCAGCACAGUCGGCGCAGCGGGCAGUUCCGCGCAGACACCAGCGACGCAUGGCGCAAUAGGGAGCUGAGGAUGGGCGUCAGUGUGGCUCCGAGUGUGGCGACCGGUGUGCGGCGCGGCUACCCGCGCUCCUACAGACUGGCCGGCCGGCCCGGACACGAGAAAAUCACCAUGGAGGACUCAGACUCGAGUAGCGAGGAGCUGCGCUAUGGGCCGGGCAUCGUGUCCCGGCUCAAGGACCGCUACAUCUCUAUGGCGAUGCGGGAGGCGACCCGACGUCCGUCUCUGCGUCGGGUGUCCAGUCUUGAGCACAUUGCCAAUGCCACGGAGGAGGCUAAGGCAGCUGGAGCGGGGGGAGCGGUACCACUGGACGUCCGGGGCAGGCCGGCACCGAUGGCCGAGUCUCCGCCGCCGGGCGAGGACGCCCUGCCGCCGCCCGACACCGUCAAGACGGUCAAGAGGCUGUUCGAGCCGUCUCCGCGGCGUCCGGCGGUAACGCGCACCGUGCAGCUGCCUCCCAGCAGUCCUCUCUCACCCCCAGUGAGUCAGAACCAUGACGGACGGCGAGCGGCCUCUGAAGAUGUGCCCGACCUGGCGCCCCGCCGGCCGGAGAAGCUCACCUCUUGGAGCCAGCUGCGGCAGAGCAGUGUCAGUGAGGGCACUCAGACGCCCAGUCCUCCAGGCACCCCCUUGGUCAUCUCGCCGGUCGGCCAGCCCUCCAGUCCGUGCCGACCGCCGGCCGCCCUGAAGAAGUCCCUCUCUCGCGAGUCGAGUACCGAGCCGGCGUCACCCUCCUCGUCCCCGAUCAGACGCCAGGUGGGCAUCAUCAAGCCGAACCGCAAGGUGGAGGCUCGGACGGACGAGUUCAGCCGGCGCAAGAACACGCUGAACCACGUGCGCAACAGCGUGGUGGAGAAGGAGAUCGCUGUGAUCGGCACCGAGUACCUGAAGCGCCGGGAGGAGGAGGAGCCGGGCAUCAUCCUCAAGCCGGUGCCGAAGUCGGAGCUGGCUCGCCCCGAGGAGCCGGCUCCGUCGCCGCCGCUGAAGCCCAAGGCCCGGCAGCCGGAGCCGCAGCCGCCGGCUCCGGAGCCAUCAACCGACCUCAGCCGGCGCCAGUGGAGACCAAGUCCCAGCCGGCAGCGCCCUGCCCCAGAGAUCGUCAACAGAGCUCCUGCGCCGGCGAAGCCGAAAUGGCACCAGGCGGCCGACACCACCAUGACGUUCAACUUCACCAAGCGCCAGGAGGUGCCUGACUAUGUGGAGGACGACGGCCUCAUCAUGCGGCGCCAGCUACCCAAGCAAAUCGAUUCGGGCUACGUCAUCUUGCCAGGCUUUGACCCGGGUCAAACGUGCGACGAUGACCUAGCCUCGACGCUGGUGUGCGGCCCGCCCUCCCCGUGCAACGUGGUCUUCACCAACGCCGACAUCAUCAUCGACGGCAAAUCUAGUCUCAUGAAGAAGCCAAAGACGAGGAAGAUGGUGGUCUCGUUCAACGUCAGCGGACCGUCCACUCACGAGUACCCCUCCGAGAUGUCCCUGCUGGCGCUGGAGACCUCCGUGUCGACCACCGACGGCGACGGCAGCGCCACCACCGGCAAACUCGGCGGCCUGGCGAGCUACACCCCGCACAAGCUGUCAACGGGCGCCGACUUUGAGCUGGGCGUGUCCCGGCUGACCCCGGCCGCCCCGACCGCCCGGCCGGCCGAAAAUCCAGAGGACGGCGACCAGUUUCUGAAACCGGCCGACGAGUCAGAGACGGUCACCUGGAGUUCCGAGACGUCUGCGGACAUUCUGUUUUAGCGGCGCCCCGCGCGCGUCCGCCCGUUCCGUGUCGGCUGUUUUAGUUAGUGGGCGGCCGAGCUGCCGCCGCCUGCGUAUCGAGAGUACGGCUUGUUCGAUGUCGGUAGAAGCGCUGAUGGAUGUCGAUGGCGCCGCCGCUGUCGUGUGAUGUUCGUUCGCGCCGCCUGUGUUCGUUCCUGAUGAACCGAUAUAUUUAUUGUAUAGACUGUGCAAGAUUUUACACGAUUUUAUGAUGUAUUUCAGAUGAUCAUGAUAAAUAUAGAUGCUUUACAAUGCUA